AUGAGCGUCGCGGCCGCGGCGGCCGCGAAGAUCCAGCGGCGGUACCGCGAGUGGCGGACGCGACGUUUGAUGAAGCGGCACCGCAGGCGCCUCGUCGCGGGCAGCGACGACGACGACGACGACGACUCGUCCUCGGAGGACGACGACGACGCCGUCGACGACGAGCGCCGCCGUCUGCAUCGCGCGUCCUCCUCCUCCGCCGCCGCCGCGCCGCCCUCGGAGGCGCGCCGACGCGCGAAGCUCGUCAAGUGCGCGCUGCUCGCCAUCGCGUGGUUCACCCUCAGCACCGGACUCGCGGUCUUCAACAAGGCGCUCUUCGGCCAGCGCAAGGGCGGCUUUCCCGCGCCGCUGCUCUUGACGGCGUGCCAGUUCGCGAUGCAGUACGCGCUGGCGUCGGCGAUCGUCCACCGCGCGUUCGGAGGCGCGCUGAGGCCGAAGCGCGAGGUCCCCGCGGAGGUGUACUGGCGCCGCGUCGCGCCCGUGGGAGCGGCGAUGGGAAUGGACAUCGCGCUCAGCAACCUCUCGCUCGUCUUCGUCACCGUGAGUUUCUACACCCUCGUGAAGACGUCGAGCAUCAUCUUCCUGUUGCUGUUCGCGUUCGCGCUGAAGCUCGAGCCGGUGUCGUUUCGGUUGAUGGGCGUCGCCGCGUUGCUGACGGGGGGUCAGGCGUUGACCGUGGACGGCGAGACGCGAUUCGACGCGCGCGGGUGCGCGUUGGUCGUCGCCGCCGCCGCGUGUUCCGGGCUGCGAUGGACGCUGUCGCAGAUCGUGUUGCAAGGGAAAGAGCCCGGCGGCGGCGGCGGCGGCGCGGGUGAUAAUAAGAAUACGAACGGUCGCGACGGUUCGCGUCGCGACCCGCGCCGCCUCCGCAAGAGCUACGGACUGUCGCACCCGGUCGUGAUGUUGAAGACGAUGACGCCGCUCAUGUGCGGCGUCGUGCUCGCGUUCAGGCGCGUUCUAUACACUGGUUCCCAUACGACCCCGUUGGCGUGCCUCCUCACGGAGCGGCCGUGGGACGCGCUUCCGGGCAGCGCGUGGCUGUCCGGGCCCGGCGAUUUCGUCGUGGAUUUGAUGAUCGUGACGUGCGGCGCGUGCGCGGCGCUGGCGAUGACCGUCGCGGAGUUUGAGGCGCGUCCCCUCCUGAAGGAGACCUCCGCGGUCACGGUGAUGGUGAUCGGCGUGGCGAAGGACGUCGUCCAGGUGCUGACCGCGAUCGCGGUGUACGGGGACGCGUUCGGCGUCGAGAACGGGAUGGGGAUGGCGCUCGUGCUGGGCGGGAUCGUCGCGUACAACAGGCACAAGGCGCUCGCGGCGGAGGAGAGGGCGGCGGCGCUCGGGACGAUGGCGGGGGCGGGGGCGGGGGCGGGGGCGGGGGAGGGCGUCGCGCGCGGACCCGGACUCGGACUCGGGGGGUCGGCGGAGAGGGAGAUCGGGUUGCCGAGGGUGGUGCCGAGGCGCAGCGGCGGGCUGAGCGCGGUGCCGAACCUUCCGCGGCGGGACGCCGCGUCGUAG